AUUGGCACCGCUUGGGCGGCGAGCGUUGCGCGAUGCCGCUCUAGCGAUGUCAUCGCGUGCGUUGUGGCGCGUUGUCGUGUUCAUAUUGGUGAGCGUUAUGUUAUUAGUUGUGUGAUAGCUUACGAUAAAAAUGUCGUCCGUAAAAAAGUAUUUGCUGUUGGAAAACUCACGACUACCAAGGCUCCUUUUUAAAAGAAAAAAAAGAAGAAAAGCUGUUCAUGAAGUAAAUAAAAUGCGCUACGUUUAUGGAGAAUUUCAUCAACUGUAUCCUCAACUGCGACAAGAUUCUGCAAGAUUUUUCGAGUUUUUGAGAAUGUCAAUUGAAACAUUUGACUAUAUAUUAACGAAAAUAAAAGAUAGACUGCGGAUAAAAAUCACUAAUUUUAAAUCACCAGUUUCUCCAGAAGAAAAACUGUACGUUACGAUAAGGUAUCUAUCUACGGGACUUUCCUUCAGAAAUCUUGCCACUACAAUAAGAAUGGGAGUAUCCACCCUAAGUUAUAUUAUACAUAACACAUGCAUUACGAUAUGGGAAGAAUUAGUUGAUGAAUUUAUGCCUACUCCACGUCUAGAACAAUUGAGAAAUAUCGCUGAAGAUUACCGUAAAAGAUGGAACUUUCCUAACUGCAUCGGAGCAAUUGAUGGAAAACAUUGUCAGAUAAAAUGGUGUUGCUGAUGCUAACAAGAAAUUUAUUGCAAUAGAAGUUGGUGCAAGAGGAAAACAAAGUGAUGGGGGAGUAUUUGCUUCAUCAAUAUUAUUUAAUCUUAUUGAAAAUAACAAUUUCAACAUACCACCACCCAAAGAACUACCAAACAUCAACA